CAAACUCUUAACCAAUAUUCUCUUUCUUACAUCUCUCGCAAUGGAAGGAAACAACUCCUACGGCUACGGGUCAUCGUGGGCAGACCAGUGGGACACCAGCAACCCGGAGGCUCCCACCCAGAAGAAAACCGGCGGCGGCGCAACCGUAAAGUACAAGCUGAAGGUGGGGGAUGGGCUUGAGAAGACUAAAUCUGCAGCUUCGGCAGGGAUGAAGAAGGUUAAACAAGGAACGUCUUCGGGGAUUCAAUGGAUCAAGGCAAGUAUCAUAGAACUACCCAAAAGAAGUAGAUCAUCUCUGUUGCUUCUCCUUAAUUGUUUUGAUUUGGUUUACUCAGAGUUGGAUUCCUUUGUUGUUUUGUUUUGAUGUAAAACUACAGAUUAAAUCACAGUAAUGAAUCCGUUUUCUUC